UGAAUGACAAAGGAAAGCCUUCAACUGUAGCAAAUGCUGACACAACACCUUCGCAGUAGCGUAGCGACUUUAUGAAGCAAUUUGCAAAUUCCAGGCAAAUCUGAGAUUUUCUUAAGAAAAAGAAAAUAAAUGUAAGCUGUUAAUAAAGAAAAUCAAACAAAACGGUUGAAAAUAAGCAAUUGGUGGUCUGCACUAUGGGUUGGUAUUUGGUGAUGGCCGUCAUGAAUAUCAUUAGAUCGAGUUGAGUUGUACAGAGAGGGAUGAGUGAGAUAUCCGAGGAAAAGUAUAUAUCAAUGAAGUGUUUCCAUAGGAAGAGAAAACAUGUAUGAACUGAAAAGCGUUUUUCCAUCUGUCCCCCUCUCUAUCUCUCUCUCUCUCUUCACUUAAACAUUCUUCUUUGAAACAUUUGUUGAUAUAUGCUUUUCUUGUUCAUUAACAAACAUGCUGGAUCAGGUCAGGCCCAGGCUCAAGAAAAACAUUUCUUUCUCAUGAGAUUUCUGUGUGAUUCUCAUAAACAUUGCCAGACGUUCUAGAGUAACAUUUCCCUCGAGAUGUGUAAACUUUUGUUUUGAGGAUUAUAGAUGCAGAUAGCUGUCUUCAUUUUUUAUAAACAGUUGUCCUACAACCAUAGCUAAGCUUAACUUCACUUUGGUCCUGUACCUUUAUAUAUAGCAAUGGACAAUGGAAAACGUAGGCAAGGGGUAAAGUGGAACCUGGAAAUUUUCGGUUUCCUCUUACUGAUAGAGCACAUUUACAGAAAAAAAAAUAUAUGUGUUCAUCUAUUUCUGCUCCUACUAUGCUGUUUGCUUUUCUUUUUUGGCACACGAUUCUACUUUCAAACCGUACAAAAACCUCUUUAUAACGAUAACUAUAUAAAGAAUUGAAAGUCUUCGGGGAUUAUAUAACUCUACAGUAUAUAGUCUUUCUUAUCGAGGUCCUUGAAACAAUAGGAAUUCCCUACAAUUGUUACUCUAUUGUUUUCAAAAUACUAAAAUAGUCAGCUGGAAGCACAUGGCUGUAGUAAGAAAUUCCAACCAUCCACGGCUUUAACAGGUAAAACACGGCUGCUGGGUCUAUCGUUCCUUUUAAUCUUGCUCCUUGGAAUGAAAUUCUGCUUCAACAGAGUUUAACAAAUUCAUUGAAUCGUUUCUCACUGAUCUUAAUUUAAUCCUUUCUUUAAUUUUUAAUAUUUUUUCUUUCCUUUUAAUAGAACUCGUAUUCAUUAGGAACUUGUUUACGUUCCUCUUUCUCGUUUGUACUUGUUUAUUGCAACCUUUGGAUCGUUGCUUAAAAGUACAGGUGGUUAUAUUCAUUAAAGGUUCCAUUAUCACAACGACACCAAUUAGUAUUUAGCUCAUCCGUGAUCUAUACCGACAUUGUGGCCUUCGUUCUCCUUGUAUGAUUUAUGCUUUAGCUUCCUUUCUAGCUGCUUAAUUCUGUAUUGUUCAUACACUUAACUAGCAUACUUUCCCUUCUCCCUCUUUUCACCUUAAUUUUUUGGUACUCACACUGACUUUCUUAGUCCAUUCGUCCAUCUCGACAAUAUGCGUAGAAAUAUUCGUGCGAUACACGCUGGUUCUGAUGAUGAUGAAGAUGACGAAGACGAUGAUUACUACUCCAAAACUCGUCAAUCCCAUACAAAUCCACAUGCUUUUUAUACUCAUUCUGAAAUGCCUGAACAAUUCAAUUCUUCUGAACAAGAUGAAUCCUCUGACUCUGGCUUUCCAUCGUUAAGAAACUUAUCUCAAGUCGGUCAGAGGUCUCCAUUUCAAACAAAGCAAAGUCAUCCAAAGCCUACUUUCUCCGUCGCUAUUCAUCCCUCCUCGCAAGCAGCUAAAUUUCAUAAGCACAAACAACAUCCUAAACCCCUUAAGACUCCUUUGAAAUCAGUUUCCAUUGCCGCUUUACAAGCUCAUCCCGAAACGAAACCUAUUUCUCCCCCAUAUGAGGAUGAUUUACUAGAUGAUCACUUACCGUUUAAACGAGUUAUUGAAGAGGAUGACCAAGAUGAGCUCGAUAUCAUCUCCCCUUCCAAGUUAGAUAAAGCUUCUCAUACUCUUUCUCCGCCUAAAUCUACUAAUGAUGAAGAUGAUAUUAGCUUACAUGAUGCCAUUAGCAGUUCGCAUUCCGAAGACGAACAGGACGAGCUAAUUAACGAAGGGCAAUCUGAGUUCUUAAAAUAUAAUUCUCCUAACGAUUUUUUAGAAUCUUCAUCUCCUGUGAAACGAGGUAGGGGAAGACCACCCAAGAAAAGACGAACCACUCAGCCUUUACGUAGAAGCGCUCGCGUUCAAACUCGCAGCAGCGUUGGACCUUUGGACAAGUCAUCUCAUAAUGUUCGUAACAGACUUCGAAAUCAAACUGCUCGUCCUAGUUAUGACUUGGUAGAUUAUUCUGAAGAAACGUUAUUCACUCCUCCACCUACCAAAGCAUAUCCCCCUUCACAUUUAGCUUCUCUUAAUGCUUUUGCUAGUCUUCCUUUGGGUAUUGAUAAUGAUCAAAAAGGUAAUGAUCUCACAUUUUCAGACUCGGAAUUGUCUUUAGAUCUCAUUGCUACACCAAAGCAAAAAGAUAGUCCAAUGACUCCUUCACAUAACGAUGAGAAUGCAGCUUCUUCUAUAUCUCAGUCUUUUGGCCAACUCGAUCGUAGGUCUAUCAAGAAAGAUGACCCUUUUGCAACAGAAGAAGCUUUAAGCUUUGAUAAUAUUGGUGGUCUUGAGGAUGUAAUCCUUCAACUUAAGGAAAUGGUUUUACUUCCACUCUUGUAUCCAGAAGUUUUUUUACACUUUCAUAUAACUCCACCAAGAGGUGUUUUAUUUCAUGGUCCUCCUGGAACUGGAAAAACUUUAAUGGCUCGAGCGUUAGCAGCAAAUUGCUCUAUUGGCAACCAAAAGGUUAGUUUUUUCCUUAGAAAGGGCUCUGAUUGUUUGAGCAAAUGGGUUGGUGAGGCUGAACGUCAGUUGCGCUUACUAUUUGAAGAAGCCAAGAAAGCGCAGCCUAGUAUCAUUUUUUUUGAUGAGAUCGAUGGCCUAGCUCCAAUUCGUACUACUCGCCAAGAUCAAACCCACAGCUCUAUCGUAUCCACUUUGCUUGCUUUAAUGGAUGGUUUGGAUAGUCGCGGCCAAGUUGUAGUUAUUGGUGCAACUAACAGACCUAACGAUAUUGAUUCAGCUUUAAGAAGACCGGGAAGGUUUGAUCGAGAAUUUUAUUUUUCUUUGCCAAGCCAAGAAGCGCGUAUGAAAAUACUCAAAGUUCAUACAAAGCAUUGUUCUCCUUCUUUAUCCGAUAUAUAUUUGUCAGACCUAGCAGCAGCUACCUCCGGUUACGGUGGUGCCGACUUAAAAGCUUUAUGCACAGAGGCCGCGUUGCAAGCCGUCCGCAGGUGUUAUCCUCAGAUAUAUCACUCUUCCGAAAAGUACUUAAUCUCACCAGAUAAAAUUCAGGUUGAUGCUCUUGAUUUUGAACGUGCUUUGGAAAAGGUUAAUGUUUCUACACGAAGGGGCAGCGCGAUUCCAAAAUUUGCGAUUUCUGAUUCACACAAACUGCUUUUUAAAGAAACGCUUGAUCUACUUUCGAUGAAAAUAUCGCAUUUACUCAGGUUAGAUACUCUUCCUUCAAAGUCAUCGUUUUUUCAAAAUAUAUCGUUGUCGCAAAUCAAAAAACAAAAAGAAAUUUAUUCUUUAAAGAAAACUAUGGUUUACCGCCCUCGUUUAAUAAUCACCGGUCAUCAAGAUCACGGUCAGUCGUAUUUGAGCACCGACUUAUUUCGUUCUUUGGAUGGUGUAUACGUGCAAUGUCUUGAUAUUUCGCAGCUGCUAGUGGAUUCAGAGGUUUCUCCUAAUUCUUCUCUAAUAAAUAUAUUUGCCUCUGCAAGGCAUCAAUCUCCCAGCAUUAUCUUUAUCAAUAAUAUUGAACAAUGGCCUGUUCUCUUCACGCAAAACUUUUUGGAUGUUUUCACUUUGUUAUUAAACUCUUUAAUUCCCAUGGAGCCCGUACUAUUGGUAGGCGUAGCCAAUACCACCUACAACAAUUUACCUGAAGUCGUUCGUUCUUGGUUUCCUCAUCAUUUAUCCGAGCAUUUUGAACUUUCAUUGCCAUCAUACGCUUCCCGAAAAUCGUUUUUUAUGGACAUCUUGAAGAAAAUUCUGGUACUGCCAUUGACGCAUACAGAUAAUGAUGACCCCUCUCAAUGGGAACAGUUACCAAAAGCUUCCACUUCUCAUAAUAUCUUUUACAAUACUAAGGAUCGUGAAAGACAGGAAAGGGUGGAUAAUAGAAGAAUUAAGAAUAAACUGAAAAUCAAGUUAUUAUCCAUCAUGGAUCUGCUUCGCUCUCGUUACAAGAAAUUCAAGAAGCCAAUUGUGGACUUGGCCGAAAUUUAUCCAGGAGAUAAUGAGACAGAGCCAUCGUUUGAAGUUGCACCUGAAGAUUUUCCUUUUUUUAUAAAAGGCAACCGUGUGAUUCGACGUGAAGAUGGUGCCACCUUUAACAUGAUGAAUUUAGAAGAGGUGGAUCGUCGUAUAUGGUCAGGUUUUUAUUGCACGCCUCAUCGUUUCCUUCGUGAUUUGAAAUUAAUAUUGGAAGAUGUAAGCCAUUAUGGUGAUCUAACAUUGAAGCAGAAGGCAAAGGAGUUGUAUUUAAGCGCGGAACUUAAUUUGGAAGAGAUGAUUGAUCAAGUUUUCAUGUAUGAAUGCCAAGAGAUGGAAGAACGAGAGGCCAGGCGGAGAAAGGAAAAAUCUCUUAAAGAAGGCAAUGAUGAAAACAAAGAUAUGAAUCGAAGAUUAAGUAAUGACAAUGUUAAUGCGAAUGACAUGACUUCCGAAAACAACAUACAUUAUUCUAGGGAACUAGAAAUCCCAAGCUCUUCUCCCGAAGAUGAGGACGGAAGUGAAGAGAAAGAAUAUAUGAAGCUACAGUCUGAGAAGGAAAACAUUCCCGUAGCACAAAAUUUCUCUGAACGAAGCUUUAUAAAUAAUAAGAGCCCAUCAAAUCUUCCGGGUAAACUAAAUGAAUCUUCUAGUCACAGAAAAGAAUUUGAAUUAAUGAUGCGAUUGACAGAAGAUAUUGCGGAGCAUACUUCCAAUCUAAAGAUGGAAUGGUUGGACUUAAUUUAUUCUAGAUUGUCGAAUGUAAUUUGGGACAAUCAUGAAGAAAUGAACCGAAUACGUGUUUUAUCGUUAGUAAAGCAGACGUUUUCCUGUAUAUUAAAAGAGAUUCGUUCGUCAUAUUAAUAAAUUUUGAAUAUUUUUUUUGAGUUAAAUGCACAAAACGGGUAUUGGUUGGGACUUUCUGUGAUAUGUGAAAGGUAGAAGUUUCAAAUGCUAUUUUUUAGAGCUUCCAAAAUGUUGUGUUGGAAUUACACAAGGUAAGAUAUUUUUAGAUCCACCAGUAAAGGUGCCGUUAGCGUCUAAAAGAUAAAAGAAGGGUGUACCUUUCACCUUCAAAACCAUGGGAUUUUUGUCAAUGGAU